AUGGAGGAAGGUCAAAGUAGUUCAAAUUCCAUACCUCAUUUUCUCUCUAAGACUUAUGAGAUGGUUAGUGAUCCUUCAACUGAUGCCAUUAUUUCAUGGAGUUGUACCAGUAAGAGUUUCAUUGUUUGGAAUCAACCUGAUUUUUCAAAGGAUUUGUUGCCCAAAUUCUUUAAGCAUAAUAACUUCUCAAGUUUCAUCAGACAGCUUAACACCUAUGGUUUUAGAAAAGUUGAUCAAGAACAAUGGGAAUUCGCAAAUGAAUAUUUCAUAAGAGAUCAACCACAUCUUAUGAAUAAUAUCCACAGGCGCAAACCAGUUCAUAGCCAUUCUCUGACUAAUGCUCAUGACCAACAGGCAGCAACUGAUGGUGCUAGUGCUGCUCCAUUAACAGACUCAGAACGGUGGAAUUUGAAAGCCGAGAUAGAAAAACUUAAACAUGAGAAAGCACAACUGCUUAUGGAAUUUCAGAUACAAGAAGAGGAGUGGAAACAGAAUGAGAUGCAGUUACAUGACUCAAAGGAUCGUUUGCAAAAGUUGGAAGUGAAUCAACAAAGUAUGAUCUCUUCUGUUGGUCAAGUGCUGCAGAAAUCGAGUGAAGAGGUAGGUCUCCAGUCAGUAACGGUAAACUCGGGGAGAAAACGAACAUGUCUGAGAAAUAAUCUCUUCAAUAAUUUAGCUACCAUUGAAAUUCCUUUGAAAACUUCUCAAGUGUCAUCUAGAGGAAAGGAUGAGAGUGUGUCUGUUCUCUCUAUAAACAUGGAACGAUUGAAUCUGCUGGAAUCAUCGUUGACGUUUUGGGAGAAUAUUGUAAAUGAUGUUAGCGACGUAUAUUUUCAAACUCAUUCAAACUUAAACCUUGAUGAUUCUUUGAAUUGUGGACCUGAUCCAAUAAUUUCUUAUGUGCAACAAGAAUCUCAAGUUCAUCUCGAGUCACCACGAAACAAUAUGAACUCUCUACAAGAUUUAGUCGCUAUUCCUAAUCCUGGCCCUGUUGCACCUGAGCCAGCUGUUAAUCCUGUUAUUGAUGCUCCUAACCCUGUUGCACCGAAAGAACAACCUGUCGCAACAACACCGGUUACUACUGGAUAUAAUUCACCAUUUUGGGAAAAAUACUUGGUGGAAAAUCCUGAUUUAGAUGAAUCAGAAAAUCUUAGUGAGCUUAGCAAAUUUUGCUGGAGCCGUAAUAAUAAAUAA